UUCAUACAGGACUUCACGGAGCCAUUGCCCGUCCCUCAACGUGUCGUUCACAUACUCUGGAGUGCCUCAGCGUGUGCAUCUCAUGCUGCCCGUCACCAUCAACAAGUUCCUCGCCGCUGCCGAGAUGGGACAACAGGACUUCUUCUCCCGAUGGAAAACACUGAGCGCGUCCAACCAGGAGGCUCAGCAGAUCUUCAAGGCGCAGUCUCCGAUGGACUCUGAGCAGGCGAAGGCUAAGCUGGUGGGCUUCGGCAUCGGCGUUCUCGGGGGCAUCGACCCUAACCCGGAGAACUUUGUGUGCGCGGGCAUCGUGCACACGCGCACGCAGCAGAUCGGCUUGCUGGUGCGCCUAGAACCGAACAAGGGAGCACAGAUGUACCGACUAACAGUUCGUGGCAGCAAGGAGUCUGUCGUGAAGCGAGUUUGCGAGCUGUUGACGGAACAGUUUUAACCCCACGAUGGCGUCAAGUCUACCGUGUUUCAUCGUCGCUUGUUGCUUAGUGCGGAUGAGUAGUCACGUGCUGCCAUCUCUAGGAGAAAAACGUCGCAAGUGUCUGCUGCGAUUCCCUCGUGGGGGGGAACGAAGCAUUUAUAGACCGGUGACGAUGGUCGACCGAGAACGCGCACAGAUUUGCAUCGUUUUUGCUCACCAGGUGUCUCUGGCAGCACGGUAGUGUGUAUUGGCAAGGGCAGCAGGGGUGGUGACCACAGAUAGGUGUUAAUGAAAGGUUAGUCAGUGCGAGAGUGAGUAUAUAAUUGUGUCGUCGCGCCGGGCUGCCUUUCUCCGUAGAUUCAGGUGUUAUUAUUUUUGAGUUAAGCCGUAGUGUUGAUAGAUUAAUUAACGAUGUACACACGAGGGGGCGCUGCGAUCACGGGACGCCAGGUUUGCCUUCUCUAAUUGUGACUAAUAUAGCGCGGGUCGUUUCUCGCAAAAUCCUGGACGAAAGUGGGAUCGGCGAGUCGAUCGUGGAUCUCUCGUGCGAGAGACAGAUCCCACUGCCAUGUUAACCGCGCGCCGCGACAUAUCUAUACUCGGAUUUACCACGUUGUAAAAAUCAUGUUGGUUUGUAGCUGCGACGAUUUCGUCGUCCUAUUUGUGCUGUAGCGUAGCGACGGAGGCUGCUCUUCUAUUCACCCCCACCCCCCACCCCCCCGUUCGUGGAAGCUGCGGCAUUAAUGAGUGGCUCGUUAUUCGGGAUGCGGCCGGUAAUCAUACAGCUGUAAUGACGAUGUCCGCACAUGAUGGCAGAGCCAUGUGUCAUCUUUGCAGCAUCUUAACAACCCAGGAAUGCGCUGGCCUUGACCUUUAUCGCGCUGGCCUUGACCUUUAUCGCGCUGGCCUUGACCUUUAUCGCGCUGGCCUUGACCUUUAUCGCGCUGGCCUUGACCUUUGUCGCGCUGGCCUUGACCUCUAGGCUCCCAUCUUCAUGCUGUCAUCAUUGGUCAGCGCACGCUCUGAAAGAGAAGCGCAAGACAGAAUAGUUCCAUGAAAGAGAGGGUCAGGGUGAGAAGGCGAGAGAGAGGCGGAAAGAGAAGAAAGAAGAGGGGCGGAAAGAGAAGGCGAGA